AUGACCGUGUCGCGACUUGCGGUCACCGCGACCGCCAUCGUCCUGCUCGUCGGCUGCGCUUCCGCUGGCGACCUCGGUUCGACUUCCAGCACCAUCGCGACGCCGUCACCUUCGCCUUCGCCAUCAGCACAGUCCAUCCCCUAUCCGCUAGCGGGCCCAGAUUCUUCUGGGGACCCAGAUGAUGAAAACGGAGAAUGCAGGCUUUUGGGACCUUUUUCGCUCCUCGUUCAGGCCGCGCUCGGGGGGCUGGCCCUGUUGUCUCUGGUCUACAAACGAUGGAGGGAAAGGCCGCAGCGGCCCCUGAAAGUAUGGGCCUUCGACGUCUCAAAACAGGUCUUUGGGUCGGCAAUGCUCCAUCUCGCAAAUUUACUCAUGUCCAUGUUCUCUGCCGGCCAACUGGAGAUCACCAGCGACUAUAAACCCAACCCCUGUUCUUUCUACUUGUUGAAUCUGGGCAUCGACACCACCCUUGGUAUUCCGAUUCUGAUCUUCAUUCUCCAUGUACUAAAUCGCUUGGCCUCUUAUACUCCGCUCGCCAACCCCCCGGAAUCGAUUAUUUCGGGUAACUAUGGUCGCCCGCCUCGUGCAUUUUGGUGGUUCAAGCAGUCGAUUAUAUAUUUCAUUGGAUUGCUGGGGAUGAAAAUCUGUGUCUUCUUCCUCAUCCAGCUCGUGCCGUUCAUUGUCAAGGUCGGUGAUUGGGCUUUGCGAUGGACGGAGGGAAAUGCAGCCGUGCAAAUUUUCUUCGUCAUGCUCCUGUUCCCCGUUUGCAUGAACGCAAUUCAAUAUUACAUCAUCGACACUUUCAUCAAGAAACCAUCGCAUGAGUUGCUAGAGGAAGGGGAUGACCAUGAGGACGACUUAGACGAUGACCACGACCACCGCCACGCACUGUUGGCAGGUUUGGAGGAUGACGGAACGUUGGUGUCCGAGGACGACGCUGCGGAGCGAGGACCCGCCAAAGAUCUGGACAGCCCGACGCGAACGAAAGAAGCUCUAUCGAAAUUCGACGCUGCCGAUUAUCCCCCUGCAUCCCGGGGUGAGAACAUUUCUGCCUCGUCUGCCUCAACCGGUUCCAGCAGCAGCCAUGGCGAAUAUGAUUUGAUGUCAUCAUCUACGAAACUCACGGUCAUUUUGAAUCCAACCAACACCAAGGCCGCAUCAACAAUGCCGAAAGCCGCGGUCAAGGAUAAAACCCGCCAAAAGGCAAAGCCGACUUCACGGUCGCCUUUUGAGACGGCAAAACCUGCCCAUGAUGAUAGCGACGUGGAAAUGGACAGCGGGACUAGCGAUAGCGAUGAUGAUGUGCCCGAGAAGGACGAGGCGGAGAGGAAACUGGAGAAAAUGCUCUUCGGCGACGACGAGGGAUUCCAUGACGCAUUGAAGAGCCAUCAAAAUCGCAGUUUGACGGCGCUAUCGACUUUGAGUGACGAUGAGGCAGCCAGUGAAGAGGAAGAGGGCGAGGAGGGCGAGGAAAAAGCGCUGGACGAUAUGGCGGAUGCCGAUCUUUUCUUCCUCGAUUCCGGCGCGGAUGCGGACGUCGCCGCGCCCACCGAGUUGAUGUCCGAUGCCGGGACCGAAGAUGACGACGAGGCGGAUGAACUGCCGGCGGUGUGGCACGACAGCGACGAUGAGCGUCUCACGGUCUCGCUUGCGAGCCAUCAGAGGCUGAGGAAGCUGCGCGUGGCCGAGUCCGAGGAUGUGAUCAGCGGUAAGGAGUAUAUUCGACGUCUUCGCAGACAGUACCAGCAAUUGCACCCGACGCCUGAAUGGGCGAACCCCGAGCUGAGCGUGGCACGAAAUGACUCCGACUCGGACGACAUGGAUACGGAUGACGAGGGCCCAAAUUCCGCGCAGCCUCUUGCGAAGCUCCUUCAAGGCGUCACCGACCUCACAAAACUUGAGGAUAACACGCACGCGGGUGGAAAGAGAAAGCUGCGCCAGGAAAUGCUGGAUAUUCAGAGGUUGAAGGACGUUGGGAAAGACCAGCCGUCUUCGAUCGAUUCGCUUUGCUUCCAUCCUCACUACCCAUUGCUACUGUCCUCGGGGCCGGCAGCGACGCUCUUCCUUCACCACAUCUCGCCAUCUUCUGCGGCCCCCAACCCCCUCCUAACCUCGUUCCAUAUCCGCCGUACGCCCAUCCACACCUCGGCGUUUGCCCCCGCUGGCAACAAGAUCUUUGCCUCGGGCCGCCGGCGCUACUUCCACAUCUGGGACUUGAACACCGGCAAGGUGGACAAGGUGAACGGCACGGCGGAUCGGAGGGAGGAACAGAAGUCCAUGGAGCGAUUCAAGCUCUCGCCCUGUGGUCGGUACGUCGGGCUUGUGGGCACGUCGCGCAAGGGCGGCGGUCUCAUCAACGUCCUCGAUUCUGGUACGGCGCAGUGGAUUGCCCAGGUCCGGGUGGACGGCCGCGGCGGCGUAGCGGACUUCGCUUGGUGGAGUGACGGCGAGGGUAUGACGGUUGUCAGCAAGAACGGUGAAGUGUCCGAGUGGGACAGGAAAUCCAGCCGGGUCGUGGCCCGAUGGGUGGACGCGGGCGCGGUGGGCACGACGGUGCUCAGCCUGGGAGGACGGUCCGGACGCACGCAGCUGGGAGGUGACCGCUGGGUGGCCAUCGGCAGCUCCAGCGGCAUCGUCAACGUGUACGACCGGCGGCCCUGGGCAGCGGCGUACGCCACGCAGCCCUCGUCUGCUAUCCCACGCAACCCAGAGCCCGUGCGUGCCCUGGACCAGCUCACGACACCGAUCAGUCACCUGGAGUUCGCGCCGGACGGACAGUUCUUCGUCAUGGCUAGUCGGUGGAAGAGGGAUGCUCUGAGAGUCGUUCACCUUCCUUCGUGUACCGUGUUCCGCAACUGGCCCACGUCCAACACGCCUUUGGGCCGAAUCUCGUCGGUAGCCAUCUCGCCCAACUCCGAGCAACUUGCAGUGGCCAACGAACAGGGCCGGAUCAGACUAUUCGAGAUCCGGGGGUAG